GCAGAAGUAGCAAAUUAGAAGCUGGAAUAUACGCGGAGGUUAACGUAGCAGCGAGGAGAGCUUUCAGUUUAUAAUUUGUUGAAUUCAAUGGCUGAAGAAUCAGAGAAGAGAUUUCACGCCGUCAUGGAUAAGCUGUUCUUUGCCCCUCCUCCCAAUUCAAAACCCACAAGAACUCCCAGUUCGACUAGUGCAACUGCAGUUGGAUUUUUCAGAGGCAAGAAGCGCUCACAUAUGAUGACUACACCUCUAGCUGUAGUUUAUUCAAAAUCCAUAGGAGGUACAAUUGAGGAGUUGAGAAAGGCAUCUGGUGAGACAUUGCAAUCACCCAUGUGCAGACCAUGGGACAGAGACGACUUACUGAAUAGGCUUGCUACAUUCAAGUCCAUGACAUGGUUUGCUAAACCUGAGGUAGUAAGUGCAAUAAACUGUGCAAGGAGAGGUUGGGUUAAUGUAGAUAUGGACAUUAUAGCCUGUGAAUCAUGUGGGGCCCGUCUCUUCUUUUCUACUCCAUCAUCAUGGGCACAACAACAAGUUGAGAAUGCAGCCUCGGUUUUCAGCUUGAAGCUGAAUAAUGGACAUAAAUUACUUUGCCCAUGGGUUGACAAUGCUUGUGAUGAGAAGCUAGCACAGUUUCCUCCUAGUUCAUCUGUAGAUUUGGUUGAUAACUACAAGAAACGAUGUGCAUCAUUAUUACAACUUUUGGAGCUUCCUGUGAUCUCAUCAACAGCCAUUAAUUACAUGUGGAGCCCAUUGUUGGAAAACUUCCUUAAAAACUCUCCAACUCUAGAGAAUGUGUAUGGAUCUGAUAAUGCUUCUACAACAGGGGAAGAAGUUUUUCCUGUCUUGUAUUAUCAGGCACAAAAGGUGAUCAGUUUAUGUGGAUGGGAGCCUCGGUUGCUUCCUUACAUAGUUGAUUGCAAAGAUCUAAAAAAAGAUGAAUCCAUCAAACACAAUUCAAGUAUAACUGUAUACUCUUCAAAUCUGGAUGCAAACAAUGAUCCCUCUACAAUUGAGCAAUAUGAUCAUACAUCUAUAGUUCUAGUCUGCAGACUUUGUGGAGCUAAAGUUGGCCUAUGGGCUUUUCGUACAACUCCUCAGCCCCCAGAGUUUUUCAGACUUAUUGGACAAGAAUUAAAUGAAGAUUCAAAUUCUGAAAAUAAGCAACAACCAAAUGUUGAACAACAACAAACAGUGAAUAGAAGUGUUUUGAAUUUGACAAUUGCAGGGGGCCCACCACCAGCAGAUCAGAACUUUCGGCCCACAAUUUCUUUGCCUGUUGUUGGACAAAAUUUGAGGACUCGGUUUUCAUUUGCUUUUGAAUCUGCUGCUGACGUGUCUGUUAUCAAAAGUUUGAAUAGUAUACCAAAUGUUGAUAAUCAUCAAGAGGGAGGAAGAUUUGGAAUUGAUGAUAAUGAGGGCGAAAGUUCUUCUGUAGAUCAUCAGAAGGUGUUGGAUUCAAGCGUGGUUGUGAGUGAUUCAAGUUCAUCUUAUUUAGGGAAGGAUUCAACUUCAACUCAACCAAAUCCAGCAGCUACAACUACAAGUACAAAAGCAAUGGAGUUUGAUCCAAUAAAGCAGCAUAGACAUUUUUGCCCCUGGAUCACAUCAACUGGGAAGUCUGCACCUGGAUGGAAACAAACUCUUUCUGCUCUACAACGCCAGAAAGAGUUCCUCUCUCCUCCAUCACCCACACCCCAACAACCUUCAUCUUCACUCAUUCAGGUGUCAGAUCCUGUUGGUUCUGUCAAAAAGCUUCUCACACCCCCCUCAGCUAAAAGACACAAGUUCACACAUGGCUCCACCUAAACUCAAUUAUUUGUUAAGUAACAUUUUAUUAUCUUGUUUGCUUAAACCAUUUUUAUUUCUUCACUUUCCAUUUAAUCACAAAAAUUUUGGGC